AUGGAAGAGCUCACCGCUUUCGUGUCUAAGUCUUUCGAUCAGAAAGUGAAGGAGAAGAAGGAAGUGAUAACCUACAGGGAGGUGUUGGAGACCGGCUCGACGCGAGCAGGGAGCAGGGAGUCUUUAUCCGGAGAGCCGGGGAGCCGAGAGGAGGCGGCAGCCGUCACCCGGAACGUUGCGCUCUCGCCGGGCAGGGAAACGGACAUGCUCGGCCCGGAAAGAAUCAGGGACGCCGGGAGCCCAAAACUCAUUGACGGCAACACGGACGUGAAAGAAAGGAAAGAGGACUCGAAGCCUAUAGAGGACGAGGCACAGACUAAAAUCAAACAGAGGAGAAGUCGGACUAACUUCACGUUAGAGCAGCUCAACGAGCUGGAGCGGCUGUUCGACGAGACCCACUACCCGGACGCCUUCAUGCGGGAGGAGCUAAGCCAGCGGCUGGGACUGUCGGAGGCCCGAGUGCAGGUUUGGUUCCAGAAUAGAAGAGCCAAAUGCAGAAAGCAGGAGAACCAGCUACAUAAAGGAGUCCUGAUUGGAGCAGCGAAUCAGUUUGAAGCUUGUCGUGUAGCGCCAUAUGUCAACGUGGGGGCUUUACGGAUGCCAUUCCAACAGGUGCAGGCGCAACUACAGCUGGAUAGCGCCGUGGCCCACGCGCAGCACCACCUGCACUCUCACCUGGCGGCGCACGCGCCCUACAUGAUGUUCCCCGCGCCGCCGUUCGGGCUGCCCCUGGCGACGCUCGCGGCCGAGUCCGCGUCCGCCGCCUCGGUCGUGGCCGCCGCCGCCGCCGCCAAGAACACCAGCAAGAACUCCAGCAUCGCCGACUUGAGGCUGAAGGCCAAGAAGCACGCGGCCGCGCUGGGACUGUGACGCCAGGUAGACUGGAUGGCGCGAGGCGUGUGCGCGCGAUCCGCCACGUCCUCGCGACGGAGAGACACAAAGUGAAAAAAAUCCGAGGACAAACAAAUUAUCCAAGGACGAUAUUUAUGUUUUGUUUUUUGUUUUUUUAAUGAAGGACAACGAGUAUAACUAUAAAAAUAUAGGCUAUUUAUGAGAUAAAGAACAAUGAAAAAAAGAGACUGUGACGUGAUAGCCUACACAGAUGUGAUUUUUGGACGCCAGAAAAAGUGGCGGAUGGGAUGGAUAGCGAGGCUCCGCAGGGUCCUCCUGUGCAGCCACAUGGCUGAGGAGGACGGCGGGACAUCCCGAGGAGGAGGAAGAGGAGGAAGAUGACGAUGAUGCAGCUGGGACGGUCGAUACUUUGUCAAACAAGGCGAACCAUUCUGCAGUUGUUUUGUUCUGUUUUAAUAUUAUAUUACUAUUGUUAAAUUUUCAUUUUGAACCUAUAUAGAGGCUGGCCUCGUUAUAAAAACACUUUCUCUGUAAAAGGACAGAGCGGGAUUUCUUUGACAACAACAACAAAAAAAAGGACAGUAUUAGAAAUGUUUGUCCCUCCCCGUUUCUUGUUGGAAAUUCAAAAAUGCCCAAGCAGUGUUUGCAUGAGUUUGUCUUCACGGAUGACGUGAUGUGAGCCACCUCUCCUCCGUCCUCUCUCUCUCUCUCUCUUCUGCCCUCUUCCUCCUCUUUCCUCCCCUCUCUGAGGAAGGGCAGCUCUCACUUGAAUGUUUGCCACAUUUGACCCUGUUCGGACCCCCCUCUGGUAAAAGGCGACAUGCCGCAGAUGUGAGAUUAUAAUAUAUGUGUAGGCUAUGCUGAACUUUUUGUCAGGAUAACCCGAUCUAGUGUCCAUGUAAGGUGGUGAUUUGUCCCCCUUUAGAGGAGAGCGUUAUGUCAUAAAUGCCAUCUUUAACACAGAGAACAAACGAGCAAACGACGGUGACACGAGGACUGUAGGCGAACCGGUACGGGCACGUGUAAAAUAUGUUUAUACACAAGAAACAUGCAUUAUUUUUAUUAUUUAGUGGCUUUAUGAAUGCCUUGUGGGGAAUUCGUUCAUUUUGUAUUUUACUUUAUUUCCGUGUAUUAAACAGAUCAUGUGCUUUCUGUAUGUAAUUUUGAUGUUUUUAUAACAGUGAAAGUGAACUUAACUGAGGCACGGGUUUCUAAAAAAAAAAAAGAAAAAAGAAUAUUCAU